AUGGCCUCGCAACAUUAUCGUUUUUGGGAGGGAACUGAAUUAUUCAAGGACCCUUCUAUUGGUGUAAAGAAUUACAACUCGAAUUCUGGUCCAAAAGCAAUGGCCUCUGAGAAAAAUGGUCAAGAAGCAAUGGACACCGAUGCAGCUGCGCUGGAUACGAACCUUUAUUCAAGACAAAUAUACGCUCUCGGAGAAUCUGCGAUGAUUCAUCUUAGGAAAGCUUCGGUAAUUAUUUCCGGUUUGGGAGGAGUAGGUGUUGAAGUCGCAAAGAACCUUAUACUUGGAGGAAUACGAAAUGUUACUCUUCAUGAUACCAAAGAAACUCGAUGGCUCGAUUUGUCUGCGCAGUAUUACCUUACUGAAAACGAUAUCGGCAAAAAUCGUGCUGCUGCGAGCUUCGAGAGGCUGGCUGAGUUGAACGACAGCGUCAAUUGCCAUCUCUUGAUGAAUGAACUCACUGAAGAUGAUGUUAGGCAAUUUGAUCUUGUUGUAUUGACUGAUACCGCGCGAAGUGUGCAAUUACAAGUAUCUCAAUGGACAAGAGCGCAUCAGAAACGUCUACUGAUCGUUGACGCUCGUGGCCUGUACAGCUACAUAUUUGCUGAUUUCGGGGACUCCUUCAGGGUAGAUGAUCCAAAUGGCGAACAAGUGAAGGAGUUUCUCAUUGAACAUGUGGACGCUGAAACCGGGGACGUAAUCACUUUGGAGAAUCAAAUGCAUGGUCUUGAAGAUGGAGAUCACGUCACUUUCUCAGAAGUCAAGGGGAUGACACAGCUCAACGAUUGCGCUCCACUCAAAAUAACUGUCAAAAAACCGCAUGUCUUCAAUAUUGGCAAUGUUGUUAAAACGAUGUCGAACUAUGAAGAAGGAGGCCGCGUCAAGCAAGUGAAAGUACCCACUUACGUGUCGCACAAAUCUCUUGCGGAUUCACUUCGCGAACCGGAGUUCGUCUAUUGGGACUUUGCUAAAUUUGAUUAUCCAACUCAACUGCAUGCUCUUUGGAGCGCUUUGUAUGCCUUUGAAGACAAGCAUGGUCGAAGUCCGAGGCCUCGAUGCACUGCAGAUGUCGAAUUGUUAAAGGCUGAAUUACCCGAGGGUACUACUGUGGAUGAGAAGCUGUUGAAGUCGUUCUGCUUCCAGGCAAUGGGCAACCUGGUUACUAUAGCCUCAGUUGUCGGUGGUAUUGCUGCACAAGAAGCGAUGAAAGCAGUUACCCAUCAUAUGACCCCUCUGAAACAAUGGCUUUACCUUGACAGUGAUGAUGCACUCCCUGGAGACUGGAGUCGUUUUGACAACGCCAAGUUAACUGUUGAAGAUUGCAAACCUCGUGAUUCUCGAUAUGAUGGGCAAGCAGCUGUUUUUGGAUGGAAAUAUCAGGAGGAACUCUUUUCUCAGCGAUGGUUUGUCGUUGGCGCAGGCGCAAUUGGAUGCGAGUUGUUGAAAAAUCUUGCGAUGAUGGGUGUUGCGUGUGGCAAGGAUGGCUUGAUCAAGAUCACGGAUAUGGAUCAGAUUGAAAUUAGUAAUCUAAAUAGACAGUUCCUCUUCCGUAUGAAUGAUGUUGGAAGCAAAAAGUCCGUUGUGGCCGCAAGAGGGGUUAAAGUGUUCAACAAGGAUGUUAACAUUGAAGCUUUGGCUGAAAGAGUCGGUUCCGACACUGAGCAUAUAUUCAAUGACGAUUUCUUCGCGGAACUUGAUGGAGUCGCAAAUGCUCUGGACAAUGUCGACGCCCGUCGAUAUAUGGAUCGAAGAUGUGUGUAUUAUCGGUUGCCAUUGCUCGAAUCGGGAACGAUGGGUACAAAGGGCAACACGCAAGUGGUCUAUCCUCACCUCACUGAGUCCUAUGGAUCUUCUGUUGACCCACCUGAGAAGGAUAUUCCUAUCUGCACCCUGAAGAACUUCCCCAACGAGAUUCAACAUACCAUCCAAUGGGCCAGGGACUUGUUCGAGGGUCUAUUCACUGCUCCGGCCGAAACUGCCAAUCAGUUCCUUUCUGAUGAAAGAACGUUCUUGGAACGGCUCGAGCAGAUGAACGUUAGCCAAAGAACGCAGCUUCUUGGACAGGUCAAGGAUGCCCUCAUCGACAGUAAACCAGCGUCAGCAGAAGACUGUGUGAAAUGGGCUCGUAUGUUAUUCCAGGAAAACUACCAUGACAACAUCGCUCAAAUGCUUCAUUCAUUCCCGCCAGACCAGGUUACUGAUCAAGGAGCCAAGUUCUGGUCAGGUACGAAGCGAUGUCCUCACGUGCUUGAGUUCGAUCCCUCUCAGGAGGAACAUCGUAACUUUGUUUAUGCUGCCUCGAUACUGCGAGCUGAAAUGUAUCGCCUGAAGCCUUUGCUAGAUGUAGAAGCUGUAAUGAAAAUUGCAAAAUCUGUCCAACCACCUCCUUUCAAACCACGUGCGGGAGUCAAAAUCGCGGUUACGGAAGCCGAAGCCAAAGAAAACGCUGAAUCAGAAGAUGCCAACGCUGACGCUAUGCUAGAGCAACUGAAGGUGAAACUCGCUCGCCUGCACACGAAGACCAUUCCAAAGCUCAAACCAAUUGACUUUGAGAAGGAUGACGAUACUAAUCACCAUAUGGAGAUGAUCACCGCAGCAUCUAAUCUGCGCGCUGAAAACUACAAUAUUCAACCUGCGGAUCGCAUGAAGACCAAGCAAAUAGCGGGCCGUAUCAUACCUGCUAUUGCAACAACCACGGCCACCGUUGCUGGACUCGUUUGUGUUGAAUUCUACAAGUACAACGACGCCAGUUUCACCCUUUGGGAUAGAUUAGAAAUACAAGGACCGAAGACAUUGCAGGAAGCCGUCGAUUGGAUUCAGAAUGAAACUGGGCUUGAAGUGACCAUGCUGUCAUCAGGUGUUUCACUGAUUUACUCAUUCUUCAUGGAUGCCAAGAAACGUGCUCAUCGAAUGCCUAUGGACGUGAAGGCGGUUGUGGAGGACGUAUCGAAACGACCGGUGCCUAACUAUCAACGCUCUUUGGUCCUGGAGGUGAUGGCGACUGAUCCCAACACCGAUGCUGAUGUAGAAGUCCCUUACAUCCGUUAUGUCUUCGCAUAG